CUUCAUUGUAACAACAAGUUCUGUUUUCACCAAGAAUAUUGGAAUUCCGAGGUUGGAGGUUCGUGCAGCUGUUGGUUGCGAUCUGUUUUGGUUUUGCUUCUGUUAAAUCUUGAUUGUAGCUUACCAGCAAAAAUGUCUUUCAAUCUUAAAGACGAGCUGUGCUUAUACCUGAAUCCACCAAAUCAAGUUUAUGAAAUGGACGAACAUUUGGGAGAAAAAUGGCAUAUCUAUAAGCGUGGAUGGCAGGUAUACGAACGAACUUUUACAGUUAAAACAAAUAACAAGAAAGAUCGAGUCCACCAUUUCCUCAAAUCAAUGGAGAAGAAAUUUUCUGAUCUUUACUACGAUUUCAAAUGGGAACGCAAAGAAGAUAAAUAUGAUGUUGAUGCGGUCAUUGCCAAAUAUGACAACUAUUUCAAUGAGUGGACUGAAGCUCACAAAGAAAAUGAAAAUAAAGCUAGGUCUCGAUUUCUAUCAAGAAAGCAGGAACCUGACGAAACCUUACCACAUUUCGCAACUGAACUAAGAAGAAUGAGUAUCUAUUGUGGAUUCAGACACUGCCGUGAAGAUAAAAUUCUCGAUCAAACAAUCGCUGGUAUGAGUGAUCCAGCUUUGCAGAGAAGAUUGAGAAAGAACCCAAAAGAUUUCCAAACAGUUAUGACCAGAAUUGAAAGUUGUACUACUAUGUCUCUUCCCACUAAAUUGGAAAAGAGUAACCCUAUACCUGAUAGGAUUCGAAAAGGUUUAUCUUCUAGAUUAAAGAAACUUCUUGAAGACAAGGCAAUUGAACCUGUGACGACUACUCUUCCAUUGUGUAAGAUUUCAAAUUUGUAUAUCUCUACUGACAAAGCAGGUAAAAACUUGAGAAUUUGUCUUCGUGCUGGUGAUACAGAAUGGACAGAAACUAAAAUGGAGGAUUCAAAAAUUAGAAAAACUAUGAGAAGUUUCCAACUAAGGCGAAUCAUGUAUUUUUCAAUUGUGAAUAUAAAUUAUGGACUCUGGGACGAUUCGGAUAAAAAAUUAUUCACAACUUUCAACACACCAUUUGGGAUUUUCAAGUGGAAACAUAUUCCUUUUGGUUUGAAGUAUUCCUUCGAAACUAGAAUGAAAAAAAUAAAAAGCAUGAUACGGAAGAUGGAGUGUUGUAAGAUAAUUGAAAACGACCUUAUCGUGUAUGGAAUGGGUGAUAAUGAAUUCGAUGCCAUUGUUGACCAUGAAAAAAACUGUCGUGAAAUGUUAGACAAAAUUACGAAAAAUAACUUGACUGUCAAUUAUAAACGUGCUAAACUAAAACAGAAGGAACUGACAUACAGAGAAAUGUCAAUUAAAGAUGGUUCUCGGGUGAAUUGCCCAAAUAUUGAUGCCUAUCCCGAAAUUGCCCCGAUUUGUCUUAUGAUUAUGAAUUCGUAACUAUUUUCAUUUGGAAGUCUCGAUUUGCAGACAUAUUACUAAAAACAAGUUUAAAACUGUAAAUUAGAACAGAUGCCCCUUCACCAAAAAUUGCAAAAGGAUUAUAAAAUUUGGGAAAAAAUAGUUGUUUCUAAAUGAGUAAAAGUUUAAGUGUUUUGGAAACCAAUGCCAUGAGUUUUUGUCACAUCAUGCUCCUUUGUUAUUAUUGUUGUAAUGUUUCAUUUAAUGAUUUAAAUUCUUAUUUUGAUCAAUGAUGUAUGCUUGAGUAAAGUACAAUUUAAGUAUUGUCCAAGCUUUAAACAACUUAAGUCAAUGUUGAUGUAUUUUUCAAAUUUUCCCGAUUGUUCAAGUCGAGUUGCAUGUCUCCUUUCCAAUUUUCUGUAAGAGUACUGAAGUGUUUUUGGCAAACAUGUUCUCUAUUUAACCACAAUUGAGCAUGAGCAUAAUAUUGUUUCAAAUUAUUAAUGUAAUAGUUUUCAUACUGAUAUGAAUAUUUUAUAAUUUUUGUGGUAUAUCAGUGAGAAAGAGGUAAUAUGGUUAUGCCAUCAAUGAUAUGCGAGUUGCUGUGUCCAUGGUGAAGGACUUAUAUUGGUCUUAUACUGGAAUUUAUCAAACUCUAAGAAGUUUGUUAUGAGAAUCAUCUUAAUUGGGAUCCCACACUGCACUCUGAAAGCCAAUGACAUGCAUUCAUUUUGUGUUUGCUAAGAUCAAUAUCGAUACUCAUUCUCUCCCUACCCGUUUUUUGACCCUCACUUCAGCAUUGUAACACUGUGCAUUCAAACAACACUCAUAAUAUGGCUUUGAAGAGAUCAAUUUAUUUACAGGGGUCAACACAAGUAUUUCCAGAAUUUGGUGGCCAACCCAUUUGAAAAUAGAAAAUCUUCCUACAUUUUUUUCUUAUUUUAUAAUUUUUCCCUGAUUUGUAAAUACUGGUCUUAAAAAUUUAUUCUGAUUGGCUUUUUUAAAUGUUCCUGAAUUCGUGUUUUUCAUUAUUAUAUACAUACUUUCAUUCUAUUAUCUUUUGCUCAUUUCUUCAAUAAGAUGAAAAUAAAUUUGAAUCUACUUUAGUAGUUUACCUUAUUCUUCCACAUAAUAUCUGACAAUGCAUAUAAAUUAAAUCAGUGGUUCUCAAACUUUUUUCCUUCAGGGCCUACUUUGGCUGCAAAAAAAAAAUCAUGACCCAUCAACUUUCUCAUGUAAGGGAAAAACUACAAGAAAAACAAGAAUUUUUUU